CAAUUAAUUAUGUGUUUUAUGGAUUAAUUUUAUUAAAAUUCAACGAAUAAUCGUAAGUAUAAUUGAUUAUAACAUCAAUCCAUCGAACAACGAUCAAAUUGGCUCGUAUUCAACAAUGCAGAAUUUCAACUCGUAAAAGUCGUAAAAUCUCAAUCACCAAAUGUUCAGCAGUACAUUCCAUUACGUAACGAGUGAAGUAACUCGUUUCACAACCGAUAUAUAGCUUUUUGUAAUAAAUACACAGACAUCUUGCGUUCGGUGUUUUUGAACUCGUCUCAGGAUGGUUCUUCGCGUGUGUUCGAAAAUCAAUUCCGCUGAUGAAAUCUACUCGCUGGUAAGCAGAUAUUGGAUAUUGUUUAAUUAUUUCUUCACGCUAAUAACCAAACCAUGUUUUGUGUGAGGACCAGCUACACUCCUUUGUUAUCAUAUGAGACGAUAAGGUACACAAUAUUAUGCGAUUUAUGACACUGAAAUGCGAUACCUUUCAGCUCGUCAGAUAUUGAUUUACUGAUGUAAUGAUCAUCUCUAUACGCAUACGGAGUUACGGACGUUUCCUACAAUGAACCACUCUUCAAAUCGGAAAACCAUACUCGAAUCAGCGGAUUUUCGACUCGAUCGUUGAUACUUUGCCAAGUUUAUUAAUCCCACGCGUUCAUCGCUGCUUUAAACUAUCGAAAUUCGUAUCUGUUGGCACCGGUUAUAUAAUUCAUUUUGCAGUAACGCAUCUGCGAAUUAAUCGUACGAAGAAAUAGGAAAAAAAUCUGCAGAAAAAAGGUUCCAACCACGAUGGAUGUAAUCGCGGCGUAUUUGACAUUGAAUAUCGCAAGAUCUUUUUCGAACCAGUCGUCGUGUUCUCAGUUCCUUUUUCGAUAAUUACCGAAUGGAAAAAGUCGUGCUAGAUAUUCGCUAUUGGCAGUGUUAUCAUUGAACAAUAUUCGUAGUACGAAAAAAAUAUUCCAUUGACAAUAAAACAACGAUUAAGGUACAUUACAUACUUCGACGGACCAAGGACAAACAUCUACCUCUAACUACCCACUCUCGCCUAUUGUUCGUCGAUACAUUCGAUCUUCGAUCAUUAUUUAUUGAAAAGUACCCUCGUCUUUUUCACUCGUGUCGUAGCUGUCUUCGCUGUUGUUACCGCUGUUCGCGCUUGUGUUGAUAUAAUCGCGAUUAUGUCCACUGCCCAGGUGAUACCGUCUUAUCGAUGGGCUAAUGAUUUUGUAAACAAAGUUAGCAAGAAUGAUAAUGGCACCGAGUUAUCAGAGUUCGCCGAACGAGUCGCCAAAUCGGAGCUUAGAGAAGAUAAACAGACCCGGGAACAAAUGCUGGACGCUUUUCGAGACUGGAUCGCUAAGAAUCCGGAUAUAAAAAAUAUUAAUACAGACUCUAAUUUCUUGCUACGUUUUUUACGAGUUAAAAAAUUCAGCUUACCGAUGGCUCAAGAUAUGUUAUUAAAGUACUUAAACCUCAGACAGACUUUUCGACCAUAUUUUUACAAUCUGGAUUACUUGUCGCCUAGUAUUAAUCAGCUGAUUGACGAAGGGUACUUGUUCGCUUCGCCUAACAGAGAUAAAUUGGGAAGACGUGUGAUAUUUGGUCAUGCAGCAAAUUUGGACCCUUAUAAGCACUCAAAUGUUGACUUCGCCAAGAUACAUAUUUUAACCUACGAAGCUCUGUUAUGCGACGAAGUCACUCAGGUCACCGGAGUGGUUCAUUUUGGAAACUGUUUGGGAGUAUCGCCGGCAGUUAUUACGUACUUUUCGCCUAAGGAAUUUUACACAUUGUUGCGUUGGGGAGAACAAUCUGUUCCAAUGAGACACAAAGAGUUCCACUUCAUCAAUGUUCCAACUCCUUUGAAAUACAUUUACGAAUUUUUCCAGUCAACUUUUAGCGAAAAAAUCAGGAGUCGAUUUAUGAUGCAUCAUUCUUUGAACGAUAUUGUCGACCACAUGGAUAUUGACACGUUACCGAAAGAGUACGGUGGCACGAUUCCAAUGGCUGAUAUGAUCGAAAUGUGGAAAAGCGAAUUGCUACAAAAACGCGAACGAUUACUUUCGUUGGAUAAAAUGGUCCUAUUGAAUAACGACUGCGUUACAAAAAAGAAAUAUUCCAAGUCAGCCAAGGCUCAAGCAAUGACCCACGUUACCGGCAGUUUUCGUAAAUUGAAUAUAGAUUGAAAUCCAAUUUUAUUGUUACCUGUAUUAUUUCUUUGUGUAUUUUUUUUCUAUUUUUUAUUUUUAUUUUUUUUUUCAAAUAAAUGCUAUUUGUAUA